CCAUAGAGAAAGAACGUAUUUAUACUGUGAAUAUAAUGAAAAACAGACAUUAAUAUAUAAAAUUUCAUAAUUAGGGUUAUAGUGAAGCUAAAUAAGCGUCUCAAAAUGGGUGAUAUCAAUACUUGGACUCGUAAAAAUGAAGACGAAAAACCCGAAUGUCCAAGGGAUUAUUGUUUUGUGUGUUUGUGUAUGAAAGAAGAGAAACAUGUACAAAGCUAUGCAUUUCAAUGUGGCCCUCUCAUGAAAAUACUUCAGAUGGACUGCAUAAACCUGUGUUAUCUGUGCAAAAGAAUGGCUCAGCAUGCAGAAAUGUUUAUACAAACUGUGCAAAGCAAUCAGAUACUUCUGGAAAACUUUCAAAAUGAAAUGGACGAGACACUAAAAGCAGUCCGCACACAGAUUCAACCUCUAGUCAAUUUAACAGAAGUGCCAUUAAACACAUUAGAGUUGUCCGAGAAAGACGGCCAGCGUUACGAGGACCAGUUCGUGGUUGUAUGCUCUAAGAAUAAAGGUUUGCAGGUCCAGGUGAAGAUGGAAAUGAAGGAAGAGGAUCUCAUUGAGAGGCUGGAGGGCGAGUUUAUUAAUGGCAGUGAUGAUUACCAAGACACAUGUAUAAAAGAUGAAGACGAUGACUUUCCACUAAAUGCAUUACUGAAAGAAGAAUUAGUUCUAGACAAUGAAGAUAGCCUAGGCUUUUUAAAAAACCUUAGAGCGUCAAAUAGAAAGAACAAAAUUAAGAAGAAAAAGAAAAUAAAAAAAGAGAAGGAGGAUACAAAAGUAAUUUCUAAAGCUUCAACUCAAGUAAAAAUGGUUUACAUAACACGGGACCAAGUAACGGAGGAACGUACAAAUAUGGCACAAGAUCCAAAAUACCUCACUUGUAUGUACAAAUGUGUAGAUUGUGUCAAAGGGUUCAGUUUUAAAGGCAGCUAUGAUAAACAUAUGGAAUCUCAUAAUCAGUUUACAGGUGACUACGAAUGUGAGAUAUGUAAACAGAGAAUGGAGUCGGAAGAUAAGCUGGUCAGUCAUAUGAGAUACCAUUAUACCCGCUACAAAUGUUUAGAAUGUGGUUUGAUUCGCAACUGUAGACUAACUAUACUAGAUCAUUACAAUUCAUAUCACUGCCAAGAUUUAUAUCUCUCCUGUCCACAUUGCAGUAAAAAGUUCAAACGGUCAGGCUCGCUCCGCAAGCACAUCCACUACACACACAACCGCGGCGAGCGCGUGACGUGCGCGUACUGCCACAAGACGUACGCCGACAAGGGCGUACUGCGGGCACACAUGCGGCUGAAACAUCCCAAAGAAGUGUCAGCUACAGAGAUAACGAAGAAGUACGUAUGUCAAGAGUGUGGGAUGGCUUUCAAGUCACCUUCUCUUUUGAGGAACCAUGGAAGCAAGCACUCUUACAGCCGGGACUAUUACUGCGUCGAGUGUGACAAGAGUUUUAAAACGGAAGCCACAUUAAAGAACCAUUUGAAGACUGUAUCAAUACAUACCCAACACAUACAAUUACCGUUAGCCUGUACUCAUUGUGAGAAAAGGUUUGCAAUCCGGCGAGAUCUAGACAGGCAUAUGAAUAGAGUGCAUCUAAAUAUCAAGCCUUACACUUGUGACAGCUGCGAUAGGACAUACACAGACUCAUGGAGCCUGAAAAACCACAAGAAGAUAGUUCACGAAGGGUACAAGAAACCUCUGAUGUACCCUUGUUCCAUGUGCGACAAAGUGUUCAAUAGCACCCAUAUCCUGAAAGGUCACAUUCGCACCCAUACAGGUGAGCGUCCGUACCAAUGCAGUAAAUGUCCAGCUCAGUUCAGUCAGUCGAACAUACUGCGAACUCAUGAUAGGCUCAUACAUCUGCAACUCACGAGGGACGGACGGCCCAAGGUCAAAUAACACUCAAGGUCAUCUAGAACACUCAAGGUCAAAUUCUAUUCAAGGUCAUCUGAACUUCAAGGUCAAUUUGUUUGUGCUAUCAAUUGUGCAGUUGAUAUGUGAAGAAGAGUUAUGUUGUAACGUAUUAAGAAGCUUGUUAGGUAAGACUGGAGGUAGUCUUGAACCUAGUGGUGUUUUAAAAGCCGUUGGUCGUUAUACUUUUUUUGGUUGAUCCACAGGAAACAAUGACAUUCGAUAACUAUGAAAUAAAAUCAAUCCAGCUAGCGUAAUAUUGUGUUAAAAACUAAGUAAUUAUAAUUGAGAAACAUUAUAACAUGUAAUCUGAAUUAAUAUGAAAACAAGGUAUAAUGGGGACUUUAUAUUUUUAUUACAAAUGCCUCCAGCCACAGCCAAUAAGCUUCUUCGUACCUAGAUGAUUGUUUUUGUCAAUUUAACAAUUGAAAGAAGGGUCUGUAUAAGUUGAUAAUACAGAGUAGGUACUAAUAAGUAUAUUAAAUUAAUAUAUUUCAUUAUAUCUAUUGGGCCUAGCACCUACUACGGCCGGUUUUCUUAAAUAUAACUCGAUCUGCUUAACGGGGCCAAUUAAUGAUACACAAUCGUCAAGCAGAAAAGAACAGCGCAGUAUUUUUAGGGUUCCGUACCCAAAGGGUAAAACAGGGCCCUAUUGUUUUCGCUCCUCCGUCCGUCCGUCUGUCUGUCACCAGGCUGUAUCUCAUGAACCGUGAUAGUUAGAGAGCUGAAAUUUUCACAGAAGAUUUAUUUUUGUUGCCGCUAUAACAAAAAAUACUGAAAACUAGAAUUCAAUAAAUAUUUUGGGGGGUUCCUAUACAAUAAACGUGUUUUUUGGCCGUUUUAUAGAUAAUGGUACGGAACCCAUCGUGCGCGAGUCCGACUCGCACUUGGCCGGUUUUUUAUUUAUUUCAUUCACUAUGGAAGACGUUCAGCUAUAUAUUUUUCAGCUAUUUUUUUCACUGUCAAGCUAUUACCGACUUUACACAAAUUUAAAUUCUUUGAACCCCAAGAUGCAAGGUUCCUGCAAAAAAUAAUGUUUGUUGCAUGGGAGCCUCCUUUAUAUAUUAAUUUAAAUACAUAUAGUUACCUACUUAUUUUUAAAGAAAGUAAUACAUUCCAUAUUCUGUGAAUAUUUCA